AUGGCGUUAGCUGGUAGCAGCACAGGGAGGGGGCGGGGACGCAGGGUGUGGGGCGAGGGGUUGGAGGAGGUGGGGGCAGAUGAGAAGAGCGUGGGUGGAGGAGGGCUGCUGGGAGGGGAGGAGAGUGGUGUGGGGAGCGAGGAGAGGGAGGGUGGUGGUGGUGGGCUAGACGGAGACGACGAGCAGGAGGCGGAAGAAGAGGAAGAGGAGGAGGGAGAGGAGGAGUAUGAAGAGGAGGACGAAGAGGAGGAAGAGGAGGAGGAUAUAGAGGAAGGUGCGGGCGAGGUGGGCGAGGGGAGGGAGGGAGAUGUGCAGCACAACCCGAGGCAUGGAGAACUGGGGCAGCGGAGGAGAGGGUAUGGCGGCCAGGACCUGUGCCACCAGAGCAGAGGGGGAGGAGGCCUUGGUGUGGGCUUUUCUGUGGAGAGUGGUGGAGGGCGAGAGGGAGGAGGGGAACGAGUGAGAGAACGAGAGAAGGAUGUGGUUCGGCAGGUUCGGCGUGACAUGGUUCGGUUGGAGGCUCGGUUACCGUGGCUCGGGGUGAGGUCCGGGUGGAGGAACCGAAGGUCGGCGUGGCGGAGGGCAGUUAGAGACAGCUGUAGCGCUCUGGAGUUGGUGCAUAGGCUGGACGAGUUCCGCUCGCACCUGCUGCUGCACCACGCUGCUCUCCUCUCCGACCAUCACUGGGCCCUCCGUGUUGCUGCCGCCUCCGCUGCCGCUGCCUCUUCUGCUCCCGCCACUGCUGCUCCUGCUGCCCCUGCUGCUUCUCCUGCUGCCCCUGCCUUGUCACUGCCUUUUCUGCUCCCACUACUGCUGCUCCUGCUGCCCCUGCUGCUUCUCCUGCUACCCCUGCCCUUGCCACUGUCUCUUCUGCUUCAACUGCUGCUGCGCCUGUCGCUGCCCUUUGCUGCCGCUGCUGCCGCUGCUGCUGCCACCACUGCUUCCGCCACUGCUGCCACCGCUGCUGCCGCUGCUCCUGCGCCUGCUCCUGGUGGGGUUGACAAUCGUGAUGCCCGCUUUGAUGCCACCUCUGCUGCUGCUGAGGACAUUAAAACUGCUGGUGCUGACGUGGCAGGAUGGCGUGCUGCCACCUGUCACGGCAUGCUGUUGGAGCUGUGGACACGUCUGCAUGAUGACGUCAGCAAGUGGCUUGAGACUCGGCCCAAAGAGGCUGUUGGGAACGUUGCGUCAGCAGUGGCCGCACUGGCACGCCACACAGCAACCUCCCCAGCACACGCCACCCUGCCAUCGCUCUCCUCCUCCCGCGCCCUGCCUCCCACCAACCCCCCUGUGGAGGCACUCUUCCCCUGGGUGGCUCACUUGAAGCCACUGCUGCCUGCACCCGCCCUCACUGCUGCAGUGGCCGUGGCGGCAUCUGAGGCAGCAGCUGCUGUGAAGGGCGAUGCGAGGAAGUUAGAGGUCUUGCAGAGCGUUACUCUGCAGCUCAUUCUCUCUCACAACCCUGCUGAGCUGGCAACGAUUCGUGCAGCAUUGGAGAGGGAACGGCGCCACGCAUCUUAUGGCCCACACGGCGUUCGUGGUGGUCGCAUGGGGACUGCUGAUUCUGCUGCUGGUGCAGAGGCAGGGAGAGCAGGUGUAGGAAGGAGGUCUCACCAUGGCAGCACCUCCGUACAGGCACAGCCUCGCCCUCUCUCCACACGCACGCUCCGCUGCUCCCCUUAUCCCGCGCCAGCAGAGCCAGGUUCGGACGACGAGUCCGCAGGUUCGGAAGACCUUGGGGAUUCGAGCCUGGGCUCUCCAGGCGGCUCGGGGGAACUGCCUCGGGUUCUGUCCCUGGGGGGACUGGGGGGUCUAGAGGGGAUGGAGGGGAUGGGGUUUGAGGGGUUUGAUGGGGCGAUUGACCUGGAGGACAUGGCUGAACUGGAUGAUGCUGCUGGGCUGGGGUUCGACUGA